CAGGUCCAUAAUCCGCUCCUUUGUGACACUAUAAAAGAAACCGCAGACCGAGGGAUAGAUCUUUAGUUGUCCGGAAGCGCGCGAAACGUUCGAAUCGAGAAGGAAAACGGGAGUCGGUGAAGUGUUAUUAAGUGAACAAAAAGAAAAGAAAGUCCCAACAUUAACAUGAAAACUGGAUAUGGAUUAACCACAGGAGACACAUUAGGAUACUUGGGAUACUCAGCCAAACCGUAUUCAUCACUUCCUUAUGGUGGAUAUAGCAGUAAAGGAUACUCUACACUAACUAGUGGAUUGAAAUCAACGAAACAUGGCCCUGAGAAGGAUAAUAUCUCUGUAAGAGUGAAAAAAAUGAAGCAAAGGAAACUUUCUUCAUCGGACAAAAUCGAUACUCCUCUGUACAAGAAAAAAACUUUCGAUUUUACUGACUAUGCCUAUCGUGAGGCGGUAAACAGGCUCAAGUUUCUCCUAACGGAAGCAUAUGAGCCUGCUAAGGCGGCCACAUCGAUAUACUAUCGAGGAGUGGAUGAUGUUCGAUCGGAGGCAUCCGACAAUCAGUCGGUCAUCGAACGGCCCUCGAUUUCAGAGGUGUCCAAGUAUUUCAGCCCUGGGGCUGUUUCACGGUAUCAGACCGCGUCAAGUGCCCCCCAUCGUCGAUAUAGUUUUAUGAACAAAGAUUUGUCUACUGCACUUAAACCAGCGAUCUCUAUGGCCAGUAUACAUCCAGCUCCGUCAGUCUGCAGUGUUUCUCAAAACAUGGAAGUAGUUCAGCCACCUCCAGAACUGUUGGGAUUUAUUGAGAAGCAGGAAUCAUAUAUUGAACAACUGGAAAAGGAGUCCCAAUAUUGUCGGGAAGAGCUCUCAACAUUGUUGAAAAAGGUGAAAGAUGUGGUCACAGAAAACGAAGCCCUCACAGAUAGGGCCCGUUCGAAGGCAAUCUACCAAGUCGACUCAUCGGAAAGUGAUGAUUUGGACUUGGACCGAGCCCGUGAAAAAUCGAAACUAUCGGGCCCCAGCAUUGUGUUCGAGUCGCGAAUCAGUGAACUGGAGGCCCAACUGGCGCAAUCGCAGAUCGACCUGAAGAAGCUGUUCACUGAAAACGAAGAAAACAAACGCAAACUGAUGCAAGGAUCGAGCGAUGCGAGCUGUGCCGAUGUGUACCGGAAGCAGGUUGAAAAUUUGCAGAGGGAUAAGCACAAUUUGGAAGAAAAUGUUCGUAAGCUUCAGCUUGCCAUAGAUCAGCUUAAAGAUUCGGAAGCAUCAAAUUUCUCUAAAUCUCAGAGGAGCCGGGAUAUGAUCGAGCACGUGGCGUUCGAACGCAAUCAGGCGGAGAUAGAAAUUCGGCGUUUGAAGGAUGAACUGGAACGCCAACAUGAACGAGUGCGUGAAGUUCAACACGAAAUGGCCAAACGGCUCUCCGAAGAACGAGCCAACGCCGAACGACGGUACACUUUCCAGGUGGAUCAACUGGGUGGAGACUUGAGCAGCCAGUGGGAACAAGCGACGAAACUGCAGCUCGAGGUCGAACGCAUGAAACGUAUCGAAUCGGACUACAAACGAGAGCUCAACCAGAAGAACUCCCAAAUCGAUGAGUUGAAGAUGGAGCUGAAGAAUAAAACGGCAAUCUUCAUGUCGGAUCUCAAUCAAGCUAGUGCGGAGAAACAAUCACUGGAACAGGAGAUAACGUCAUUAAGAUUACAACUGGAGCGAUCAGAACGUCAAUCGAAGGUUGAGGUUUCUCGUUUGAAUGCUGAAAUCACUUCUCUUCGUCAGCGAUUGGAUCGAUCCGAUGCCGAUUUGCUCCAUUCCAAGCGUGAAAAUCUCAAGCUUUCUGAUGAAGUUGCUUCACUUGAAAAGGAACUUACAUUGGGAGAAUUAAACAAAGAAACACGCCCAUCUAAAGAAUUGGCAAAGAUCAUUUCCAACAUGGAAGCCAAGCAUGCCGCUACCGUGUCAGAGCUCGAGGGCAUGGUUCAAGAUCAAAAACAGCUCAUGGACAAACUAACUGCAGAAUGCAAAAGCUUGACGCAUAAGUUAGAGGACACUACACUGCAACAUAAAAACGAGAAAAAGGAGUUGAGACAAACCAAUAAUGAAUUGAUGGAACGUCUGAAACAAGUUUGGGCAAAUUACAAGGAAAUCAGUCCAGCUUUUCAAAAACGGAAAUACAGCACCGAACAGCUGGAUGCGGAUUCAAACCAUUCUUCGGCUUCAAAUAAUGACGUUGAGCCACCAAGGUUUCAUCACGACCCGGUAGUACCACAGCCCAUUAUACAUCGCUCAGAACAGCCCAACCGAACGAUGAUGGUUCCAGUCAGCCAUCUGCAACCGCUCAGUCAACAAGUGGUGGUAAAACCUCACGCCCCGGUUCACAGAUAUCCGACAGACAAUACGCCGGUAGUCGACAGCACCCAACUGCCGAGUUGUCCCGUACAAGCUCCGUCAAUGACUACAGUGAACUCAAAGGCAACACUUUCGUCGAUGAAAAACGAAGCGAAUCUCGUCUAUCGCGAGCAUCGAUCCCCAACGAGGGCACUUCACCCAAGAUGCAAGGAAAGGAGCCGGAGCUUGGACGUACUGACGCGGAACGGAUGUCCCGAGCAAGUGACAGUACACCCACUAAACCAGACGGCACCGGCAGUAGUGGUCGGCUAUCACGAGAAUCCAUCGUUGGCAGUGAGCGGGCAUCCAGGCAAUCGACUCGACCUCAACCUAGUACAUACUCCGAGCAGCCUCCAGCCAGUCAAUAUGCACAGGAACCAGGACUUGCUGAAUCCAUGGAACAGCCAUCCACAGUCGAUCAAUACCCAUCACAACCGGGAGAUAUGGAGCAAUCCUACCAACAGCCCUAUGAUGAGAAUGCCGAAUACGAUGCUUCUCAGUACGACCCAUCCCAGCAAUAUGACCAAACCCAGUACGAAGGAUAUGGAGAUCAGCAAUACGCUCAGGAACCAUACGAUCAACAGGGCUACGAGCAACAACAGCAGUACCAGGAUUAUCAGCAACCAUAUGAUACACAGCAGUACACCACUGAGCAAGUAUAUGAUGAAUCAAACUACCCCACCGGGCAGUCCGUACAAUCUCCAACCCAGCAGUCUGCACCAGUCCAGCUGCAAGAACAAACAGAAGGCAGUCGAAAUGUGGGAUACUCGCGGCCACGAGGUCCCUCUGCAUCCAGUGCACCUAAACAGCCCCAGCACAAGCAACCCCCGGGAACCACAAACAAGUAGAGGCUUCUGCUUCAACAACAGCUUACCACGGCAGUUGCCUGAGAGUUGCCAUUUUCAACCAAUACAGUCUUAUCCAAGUCUCAGCAUAAGCAGCCCCAGUUUGUUCGGCACCAGCCCUGAAUCAAGCUUAACGCCAUCGCCAACGACCACAGUGCUCAAGAAUUACAAUACCGCUAGUCCUAAUCCAUAGUGAAGCAGACACCUUAUGUAGGAAAAAUGAAACAAGCCUAAUAGGGUAGGUGUACCAGUUAUGGCCAUAGUGGUUCCCUAUUUCGCCAUACGUGAUAACUUGAAUGUC